UUAUAUUACAAAGAAGCAACCUUUCAUUUUCUAGGAACCUUCUCUCUAUUCAAAUAAAGUCUUAAAAUACCUUUCAAUCUCAUAAGAGACUUCAUAUUCAUCACUUGGAAAUGGAAGAAACAAGGGAAGUGAAGAUGAAGCAUUGGAUUUAUAAAAGGGAAGGAAUGGAAGAUGGUGAUUUUCCAGUUUGUUGUAGCUAUGGGCCUAUGAGUUGGGAUGAUCCAUUUAAAUGGCAAGGUGUGAUUUUUGGCCCAUCUGGCUCUCCUUAUGAAGAUGGUGUUUUCUUUCUCUCUAUUGAUUUGCCCCAACAAUACCCUUCCAAGCCUCCCCAUAUCAAAUUCUUAACCAAGAUUUUUCACCCAAACAUUGAUGAAGAUGGGACAAUCUACAUUGAUAUCUUAGAAGAGGAGCAAUGGAACCCAAUUCAAACAAUUGAAACAAUUCUACUCUCCAUAUGCUCUUUGCUAAUGGAUCCAAACCCAGUUGGCUAUUACAAUACAAGUUGCUUUCUUUACCAAACCGAUUUGGACCAAUACAGACACCAAGCCAGAGAAUGGACUAGACUUUAUGCCAUGGAUCUCGACCUCGAGGAUCCUCAUCAUCUUCAUCUCCAUCUCGAAUCUCUUCGGCUCUAAUACAAACCCUAGUUUAUCUAACCAUAUUAUCUAUAUGGGAAAAUUCUUAGUUAUGGCUCAGAAUGGUCCGUCAUUUUUGUUCAUAUAUUAAUAUUUUUGAAUUAUUGACAUAAAUUAUAGAACUCACUUUUUUAUUAGACGGUAUUUGUAAUAUAGUUUUAGUUAUAUUUUAUUAAUUUUGAAAACUUUAUAGAGCUAAAACAAAUUAUUUUACUUGUGUAAUAAAUUAUUUUUUGAACUUUA